UGCAGUUCCCCCUCCCGCCCGCCAGAUGGCGCUGCCCAGCGGGGCGGGACGGACGGGGCGGGCGGUGCCGCUGCGGUGGCGGUUCCGGUUCCGGGUAGCCGUGGCCGUCCGUCGGUCCCGGUGUCUGUCCGUCCGUGCCGGGUGUCUCUCGGUCCGUCCCUGGGCCGGUGCUCGGCGGCGCCAUGAACCGGCCGAAGGCGGCGGCCGUGCGGCGGCCCAGCGCCGUGCCCAAGCCCUCCGCGCACCCGCCGCCCGGAGACUUCAUCGCGCUGGGCUCCAAGGGGCAGAGCGGCGAGGGCAAAGCCGCCGUCACGCUGCUGAAGCCGGCGCCGCCCGGGCUGCCCUCGGAGCGCAAGCGGGACGCGGCCGCUGCCUUGGCGGGCCCGGCGGGGCUGCCCGGCCUCACCAAGCGCCCCAAGCUCUCCUCCACGCCGCCCCUCAGCGCCCUGGGACGCCUGGCAGAGGCGGCCGUGGCGGAGAAAAGAGCCAUCUCGCCCUCCAUCAAGGAGCCGUCUGUCAUCCCCAUCGAAGUUGUCCCCACAGUGCUGCUGGAUGAGAUUGAGGCAGCAGAGGCAGAAGGCAAUGAUGACCGUAUUGAGGGAGUGCUGUGUGGAGCUGUGAAGCAGCUGAAGAUGAACAGAGCCAAACCUGACACCACUCUGUACCUGAGCCUUAUGUACCUGGCAAAAAUCAAACCAAACAUAUUUGCUACCGAAGGGGUUAUUGAGGCACUGUGCAGCCUACUCCGAAGAGAUGCCUCCAUCAAUUUCAAAGCCAAAGGGAAUAGUCUUGUGUCUGUCUUGGCAUGCAACCUUCUCAUGGCAGCUUAUGAAGAGGAUGAGAAUUGGCCAGAGAUCUUUGUCAAGGUGUACAUUGAGGACUCCCUUGGGGAGCGCAUCUGGGUGGACAGCCCUCACUGCAAGACCUUUGUGGAUAACAUCCAGACAGCUUUUAACACAAAGAUGCCUCCUAAGACCAUGCUCUUGCAUGGAGAAGUUGGACGUAGUGGAGGGGACCUUAGUGCUGGGAGUAGCCCACACCCUUCCAUGACAGAGGAGGAGGACAGCCAGAGUGAGCUGCUGAUUGCAGAAGAGAAAAUGAGCCCAGAGCAGGCGGGCCAGCUCAUGCCCAGGUACGAAGACCUUGCAGAGAGUGUGGAGGAAUAUGUCCUAGACAUGCUUCGGGACCAGCUAAACCGGCGCCAGCCCAUGGACAAUGUCUCCAGGAACCUCCUCCGCCUGCUGACAGCAACCUGUGGCUACAAAGAGGUGCGUCAGAUGGCUGUGCAGAGGCUGGAGAUGUGGCUGCAAAAUCCAAAGUUGACCAAGCCAGCUCAGGACUUGCUGAUGUCAGUCUGCAUGAACUGUAACACCCACAGCUCAGAGGACAUGGAAGUUAUCUCCAACCUGAUCAAAAUUCGUCUCAAGCCAAAAGUCCUUCUCAACCACUACAUGCUGUGCGUCAGAGAGCUGCUGAAUGCACACAGGGAUAACCUGGGCACCACCAUUAAGUUUGUGAUUUUCAAUGAGCUAUCAAAUGCAAGAAAUCCCAACAACAUGCAGAUCCUGUAUACUGUGCUUCAGCACAGCUCAGAGCAAGCUCCAAAGUACCUGGCAAUGGUGUUCCAGGACCUGCUGACCACCAAGGACGAUUACCUGCGAGCUUCACGGGCUCUGCUGAGAGAGAUCAUCAAACAGACAAAACAUGAGAUCAACUUCCAGGCCUUCUGUCUGGGUCUCAUGCAGGAGCGGAAGGAGGCCCUAUAUGCAGAGAUGGAAUUCAAGGAGCGGUUUGUCAUCCACAUAACUGACCUGCUAGCUGUCUCCAUGAUGCUUGGUAUCACAGCCCAGGUGAAGGAGGCUGGAAUUGCUUGGGACAAAGGAGAGAAAAAAAACCUGGAAGUGCUGCGCUCCUUCCAGAACCAAAUUGCUGCUAUCCAACGUGAUGCUGUGUGGUGGCUGCAUACAGUUGUUCCAUCUAUCAGCAAGCUGGCCCCAAAGGACUAUGUGCACUGCCUCCACAAGGUGCUCUUCACAGAACAGCCAGAAACCUACUACAAGUGGGACAACUGGCCCCCUGAGAGUGACCGCAACUUCUUCCUCCGCCUGUGCUCCGAGGUGCCCAUCCUGGAGGACACCCUGAUGCGCAUCCUUGUGAUUGGAUUGUCACGGGACCUGCCCCUGGGCCCUGCCGAUGCCAUGGAGCUCGCCGACCACUUAGUGAAGAGGGCUGCAGCUGUGCAAGCAGAUGAUGUUGAGGUCCUAAGGGUAGAAAGAAUCCAGCUGAUCGAUGCAGUCUUAAAUCUGUGCACUUAUCACCAUCCAGAGAAUAUCCAACUACCCCCAGGGUACCAGCCUCCAAAUCUAGCUAUUUCUACUCUCUAUUGGAAAGCCUGGCCUCUCCUGCUUGUAGUGGCUGCAUUCAAUCCUGAAAACAUUGGUCUGGCUGCAUGGGAGGAGUACCCCUCUCUAAAGAUGCUCAUGGAAAUGGUCAUGACCAAUAAUUAUUCCUAUCCUCAAUGUACCUUGACGGAUGAGGAGACACGCACAGAGAUGAUUAAUCGUGAACUUCAAAUCUCCCAGAGAGAAAAACAGGAGAUUCUUGCAUUUGAGGGUCAUCUGGCAGCUGCAUCCACAAAACAAACAAUUACAGAAAGCAGUAGCCUCUUGCUGUCCCAGCUGACAAGUCUGGACCCUCAGGGCCCCCCUCGCAGACCUCCACCACAUGUCCUGGAGCAAGUGAAAAGUCUGAACCAGUCGCUUCGCUUGGGCCACCUUCUGUGUCGCAGUCGCCAUCCUGACUUUCUUCUCAACAUCAUUCAAAGACAGGCCUCAUCACAGUCAAUGCCAUGGCUGGCAGAUCUGGUUCAGUCCAGUGAAGGGUCCUUGGAUGUCCUGCCUGUGCAGUGUCUUUGUGAGUUCCUGCUUCAUGAUGCUGCUGAUGAAUCGACCUCAGGUGAAGAAGAAGAGGAGGGUGAGAGUAAGGACCAGCGUGCCAAGAAACGCCAGAGACAACAGAAACAAAGGCAGUUGCUUGGACGCUUGCAAGAUUUGCUGUUGGGACCCAAAGCAGAUGAACAGACAACCUGCGAGGUGCUUGACUACUUCCUGCGGCGCCUGAGUUCCUCCCAGGUGGCUUCCCGGGUCCUGGCCAUGAAGGGCCUGUCCUUGGUGCUGUCAGAAGGAGGAAUGCGUGAUGGGGAGGAGAAGGAUCACCCCAUGGAAGAAGACUCUGGUGAUUCUGAGCUGCUGCAGGGAUAUCAGUGGCUGCUGAGGGACCUCCCGAGGCUGCCACUGUUUGACAGUGUGAGAGCCACUACAGCUCUGGCCUUGCAGCAGGCCAUCCACAUGGAGACAGAUCCCCAGACCAUCAGUGCUUACCUGGUGUACCUCUCCCAGCAUGCCCCAGUGGAGGAGCAGGGACAGCACAACGACCUUGCUCUGGAUGUUGCACGACUGAUCGUGGAGCGCUCCACCAUCAUGUCCCACCUGUUCUCCAAGCUCUCCUACAGUGCUGAGUCAGAUGCAGUGCUCGUGGCUCUGCUCUCCAUCUUCUCUCGCUACAUCAAGCGCAUGCGGCAGAGCAAGGAGGGCGAGGAGGUGUACAGCUGGUCAGAGUCCCAGGAUCAGGUGUUUCUUCGUUGGACUAGUGGGGAAACAGCCACCAUGCACAUCCUUGUGGUCCAUGCUAUGGUUAUUCUCCUGACACUGGGGCCACCUCAAGCAGGGGAUGGUGAUUUUUACACCUUACUGGAUAUAUGGUUCCCGGAGAAAAAGCCCCUUCCAACUGCUUUUCUGGUUGACACCUCCGAGGAGGCUCUGCUGCUCCCUGACUGGCUGAAGCUGCGGAUGAUCCGCUCCGAGGUCCCACGUCUCGUGGAUGCAGCCCUGCAGGACCUGGAGCCACAGCAGCUGCUUCUGUUUGUUCAGUCCUUUGGAAUCCCAGUUUCCAGCAUGAGCAAACUUCUGCAGUACCUGGAUCAGGCAGUAUCUCAUGACCCACAGACACUGGAGCAGAACAUCAUGGACAAGAACUACAUGGCUCAUCUUGUGGAAGUUCAACAUGAGAGAGGAGCAACAGGAGGCCAGACUUUCCACUCCCUGCUUACUGCCUCCUUACCAGCCCGCCGAGACAGUGCUGAGACUGCAAGGUCAAAAUCUAGUCCUGAAAACUCUCAAAGUCAGAGCCGGAUCCGGGCCUUGAGCCAGGUCCGUGUUCUGGGCCCAGAAGAUGAUCUGGCAGGCAUCUUUCUGCAGCUUUUCCCACUGACCCCGGACUCACGGUGGCAGAACUCCAGCCUGCGGCCGCUGGCCCUGGCACUGCAGCAGGCACUGGGGCAGGAGCUGGCCCACAUUCGCCAAGGGGCCACGCCGGCCGGCGGGGCCACGGCGAGCGGGGCCGAGGCCAGCGGGGCCACGGCCAGCGGGAUCUCGAUGCGGCUGCUGCAGGCCGUGGCUGCGCUGCUCAAUUCCGCACACAGCGGCGCCCUGGUCAUGGCCAUGCAUCGCCACCACUUCAUCUCCUGCCCGCUCAUGCGCCAGCUCUACCAGUACCACCGCUGCAUGCCACGGGACACUGCCUUCUCCUCGCUGUUCUUCAAAGUGCUCAUGCAGAUGCUGCAGUGGUUGGAGAACCCCGCGGUGGAAGAUGGUCCCCUGCGAGCUCAGCUGAAGGCCUUUGCUGUGCAAUACUCCUCAAGGCACAGGAUCAGUGAUGUUCGAGGUGGCUUUUUGCACCUCACAGAAGCUCUUUCUUUCCGUCGUGACCCUGACUUGAUCAGCUCCACGGUCUGUGCCAUCAUUGCAACCCUGAAAUCAGGAGAGAAGUGUAAUGUGGAGCCAGAGCUCAUCAGCAAAGUCCUUCAAGGUCUGAUUGAAACCCACUCUCCGUACCUGGAAGAGCUCCUGAUUGUCCUCUUCUCAGCUACUGUUGAGACCACUGCCAGGAGUCCUGCCAUGAAACCAAUUGCUGUGGUGUGCUCCUUGUUGCUCCAGGACAAAGAAGAAACACCAGUAAAGAAAGAGGUGGAGAGUUGCAGUGCUGAAUCAGCUUGGCCAGGGCCUGCCUCUGGCCUUCUCAAUGACUGGCUGGAGAUGUUGGACCCAGAGGUCAUCAGCAGCUGCCCGGAUCUACAGCAGAAGCUACUGUUCUCCUGGAACAAAGGCAAGGGCUGGUUUUAUGCAGGGUCCCAGGUGCCCUCCUUCCGCCCUUACCUCUUGGCUCUUCUGACUCACCAGUCCAGCUGGACCACACUGCACCAGUGCAUCAGGCUGCUGCUUGGCAGGAACAGGGAGCAAAGGUUUGACCCAACUGCAUCCUUGGAUUUCCUGUGGGCCUGUAUUCACAUUCCUCGAAUCUGGCAGGGAAGGGACCAGAGAACUCCUCAGAAGCGCCGUGAGGAAUUUGUGCUCCACCUGAAGGCAUCAGAACUGAUCAGCAUGGUGGAGCUGAUCCUGGCUGAAGCAGAGACCAGAUACCAGAACACUGACGAGGCCUCCUGCACACUCAUCCAGUCUCGACUGCCAUUGUUGCUCAGUUGUUCUCAUGGAGACCUGGAAAACAUUAAAAAAGUAACAGAAUAUUUGACCAGCUGCAUCCAGCAGUGGGGAAGUAGCUCUGUGGGGAAAUGCUGCCAGGACCUACUGCUACAGAUAUACUUGCAGCUACCUGAGCUCCUUGUGCCUAUGCCUGAGAUGCUUCUUACCAGUGAAGGAGCCAGAGACAGCAGCACUUGCAAGCUUGAUGCCCUGGUUCACAGAUUCAUUAACCUCCUCGCAGACACCAGUGACUCCAAGUCAUCCGAAAGCCGUGUGUGGGAUGCCAAUAUGGCCUGCAGGAAGUUAGCUGUGGCUCAUCCCAUCCUCCUCCUUAGGCACUUGCCAAUGAUUGCAGCACUGCUGCACGGCCGCGUUCACCUCAAUUUCCAGGAGUUCAGGCAGCAGAACCACUUGACCUUCUUCAUCCACGUCCUGGGGAUCCUGGAGCUGCUCCAGCCGCAGGUCUUCCAGAACGAGCACCAGGCGGCACUCUGGGACUGUCUCCUGUCCUUCAUCCGUCUGCUGUUGAACUACAGAAAAUCCUCACGGCACCUGGCUGCCUUCAUCAGCAAGUUUGUCCAGUUUAUCCACAAGUACAUCACAUGCAAUGCCCAGGCAGCUGUCUCCUUCUUGCAAAAGCACUCGGAUCCACUCCAUGAUCUGUCAUCAGACAACAGUGACCUAGCAAUGCUGAAGUCUCUCCUGGCUGGGCUGAGUCUGCCUAGUAAGAGUGGCAUCUUGGACAGGGGCUCUGAUGAAGAGAAGGAUGAUGAAGCAGCUGCUGGCUCUCUCCCCCUGGUCAGCGUGUCCCUCUUCACUCCCCUCACGCCGGCUGAAAUGGCUCCAUAUAUGAAGAGGCUCUCCAGAGGCCAAACAGUGGAGGACAUCCUGGAGGUGCUGACAGACAUCGAUGAAAUGUCCAGACGGAGGCCAGAAAUUCUUGCCUUUUUUGCUACAAACCUACAGAAGCUGAUGAGUUCAGCAGAGGAUUCCUGCCGAAACCUGGCCUUCAGCCUGGCUUUGCGCUCCAUCCAGAAUAACCCCAGCAUUGCUGCAGAUUUCCUGCCCACCUACAUGUACUGCCUUGGCAGCCGAGACUUUGAGGUGGUGCAGACAGCCCUGAGGAACCUGCCUGAAUACACCCUCCUUUGCCAAGAGCACGCAGCAGUGUUGCUGCACAGGGCCUUCCUGGUGGGCAUGUACGGCCAGAUUGACACCAGCUCUCAGAUCUCAGAGGCCUUGAAGAUUCUGCACAUGGAGGCCAUGAUAUGAACAUGUGGUUCUGGGAGUUCCAGUUCCAGAGGAAUUAAUUUAAUGGAUUCAUCAGCUGCAUUACAGCCCUGUAAGAAGAACAGUGUAUUGCAACCCAUGUGGUGGAGGAUCAAAGAGGUGAUGUGGCAGGCCAGACUGUGCUGGAAAAGAAGAUGCUGACUGAAGAUCAGAAAGGGGCAAGGAUCAAUCUGACUGGCUAGGAUGCCAUUAUUGUGGGAGAUAAAUCUCCUGAACAUUGUGCCAAACAGGGACCACUUCCUUCAGGGCGUCUUGGAGCAGUGGCUGUCGCUUUGUUGUUUGGGGUUUUUUGUCUCUCCAAGAAGGCAGAGCUGCUGGGAGAGCAGAAGGCCUUUGCACUUGAAGUGUCUGCAUUCUCUGUGUUGGAGAGAACAUACAGAUUUGUGCAGGGCAAGAGACCAUUUUGGUUUCUAGGGGGUGGGUGGCUUUUUUAUUUUAUAAUUAAAAUUAUCUUUGUUUCCAUUGUGCCUUUCUCUGCUUCCUUGAGCAUAGCUUGACA